UUGGGCAGUCUAGGGUUCUUGAGAGGACGGAGCAUUCCACUAGGUAACGCGCGGCGAAUGCUGUGAUCCCGCGCGCCGCAAUUCGUCCCGAUCCAGCAGCUCACAGGCAGGAAUCAGCGAUCGGGGAUGGAUUUCAACGAGAUCGAGGCGACAGAGGGCCUCCGCUGGGUGUGGAACGCGUGGCCGACGUCCCGGAUCGAUGCCGCUCGCAUGGUGGUGCCAUUUGGGAUCAUGGCCAACGUCUUGAUGCCACUGCCGGAUCUUCCAGUUCUUCCCUACCAGCCAGUGCGAUGUAAGUGCCAGGCAGUGCUCAAUCCCUACUGCAACGUGGAUUACACUGCUAGGAUCUGGGGAUGCCCGUUUUGCCUCCAGCGAAACUAUUUCCCUGGAAACUAUGCCGGUGUGAGCGAGAGCAAUCUCCCGGCGGAGCUCUACCCGACUUACAGCACGGUCGAGUAUGUGAUCCCACAGAAGGGAUUCGGUGGCUUUCCAAGCGUUGGGAGUGGAUUCUCGUCGCAGGCUCCGGCGAUCCAGGCACCACCGGGAGCUCAGAUUUAUCCUCCGGGACACAACCCAGCCGCUGGACACGCGGGGUAUGGAUAUGGAGCUCAGCCGCAGGGAUCUUUUCCAGGAGCUCAUAAAACUUUGCCGGCAUCGUUCCAGGACUUGAGUUUGAGCGGCCCGCCUGUUCCUUCCAAUGCCCCGUGCUUCCUCUUCGUGGUGGACACUUGCGUGGAGUUGGAGGAUUUGCAGGCUCUAAAGUUGGAGCUCCAGCAUCUGCUAGCGAUGAUCCCCGAGAGCUCUCGAGUUGGAUUGAUCAGCUUUGGGACGAUGGUGAAUGUUCAUGUUCUUAGCCACUCGGGCUACUCGAAAGCUCUAGUUUUUCCCGGCGAUAGAGAGCUGACGAGCCAGCGGAUACAAGAGCUGCUAGGAUUCUCUUCCAAAGGUGGUCGCAUGGCAAGACAAGGCUCUCCAAAUCGUUUCUUGCUGCCGGCGUCCGAGUGUGACUUCGAGAUCAACAGUGCUAUCGACGAGCUCCAACCGAAUGCUUUCAACGUCCAGGCCGGCCACCGACCUCGACGAGCUACAGGCGCUGCUUUGGCCGUGGCCGCGGGGCUCAUGGAAGGAUGCGCUGCCAACGUCGGCUCCCGGAUCAUGCUCUUCGUCUCGGGUCCCGUGACGAUCGGGCCGGGGAUAGUGGUGGAGACCGACCGGAGCAAGAGCAUCCGGACGCACCAGGAUCUUGUCAACGACAAUGCUGUUCACUACAAGAAGUCGUGCAAGUUUUACAACCAGAUCGGCCAGGCUUUGGUGGAGAACAGCCACGUCCUCGACAUCUUUGCGUGCUCGCUGGACCAGGUUGGCUGUGCCGAGGCAAAGUCCGCGGUGCAGAGCACGGGAGGCUUGAUGGUCCUGGCCGAGACUUUCGACUCGGAGCAAUUCAAGAAGUCACUGAGGAAGCUGUUCGAGAAGGACGAGGAAGGAAAGCUCAAGAUGUGCUUCAAUGGCACCUUUGAAGUUACGACCACUCGCGAGGUGAAGAUAAAUGGCGCCAUCGGCCCGUGCUCGAGCUUGAAGAGGAAAUCCACUUCGGUGAGCGAGACUGAGCUUGGCAUAGGUGGAACCAGUGCCUGGAAGCUGUGCACUCUAAACAGCAAGACCUCCAUCGCCGUCUUCUUCGAGGUGGUGGCGCAGAACUCGUCCAGCAUCACACCAGGGAAUCCAUUCUUCAUCCAGUUUGCGACUCAGUACCAGCACGGAAACGGGGAGACCAGGCUGAGAGUGACGACGGCUUCUCGCAGAUGGAUCGAGGCCUCUCAAGAACAAGACGCAAAGGCGGCGUUUGAUCAGGAGGCAGCGGCGGCGGUGAUGGCAAAGUACGCGGCCCACAAGACGGAGAACGAAGAGACUUUCGACAUCGUCCGGUGGCUGGACAAGAACUUGAUACGGGUGGCCUCCAAGUUCGGCGACUACACGAAGGAGGACGCUCAAUCCUUCCGGCUCUCGUCCAACUUCUCGCUUUACCCGCAGUUCAUGUACCACCUCCGGCGCUCGCAGUUCCUGUCCGUGUUUAACAACAGCCCCGACGAGACGGCCUUCUUCCGGCUCAUGCUCAACCGGGAAGGGGUGGUGGGAUCGCUCAUCAUGAUCCAGCCGACGCUCUUCUCGUACUCGUUCGAGGGUCCUCCAGUCCCGGUGCUGCUGGACGUGAGCUCCAUCACUCCGGAGAGAAUCCUCCUCUUCGACUCCUACUUCUACGUGGUCGUCCACUACGGCUCCACCAUCGCCCAGUGGAGGAAGCUCGGCUACCACAACGAUCCGGCGUACGAGAGCUUCAAGGCGCUGCUGGAAGCUCCGGUGAACGAUGCCAGAGCGGUGAUGGAGGACAGGGUCCCGGUUCCCAGGCUGGUGGAAUGCGACCAGCACGGCAGCCAGGCCAGGUUCCUCCUCGCCAAGCUCAAUCCGUCAGUCACUCACAACUCCAACGCCUAUGGUAAUGUGGAGGUGAUAUUUACGGACGACGUGAGCUUGCAAGUUUUUAUCGAGCAUCUCCAGCGCCUGGCCGUUCAAUCCUAGCUUGUUAAUUUUUAAACCCUGGAUAUUCUUUUUCCUGAAUCUCUUUUUCUUUUAUAAAGGCUGGGCGUGGGAAGUAAUA